GGUAUUUUGGAGCUUGCAUGAACAGAUUCGCUCUCCAAAACACAGCAGACCCCAAAUGUUUCCCUCAACCUCGCUGCGCUUCCACGUCAUCGUCCAUCAUUUUCUCGCCCCCUCUCUCUCUGUAACCCAAAUCCUUAAAACUGCUGCAAGUCCUCCUCGUUACUAUUUGAAACGGCGUUGAGUGAGCAGCUGGAAGCCGUCCUGAGCAGCGUUAUAUAUCCGACAUGAGGCUGGGACUCGCCGCUCUGCUGUGUUUCUUCAGCUUCGUGUGGCCGUCGGACUGCGCGCCUCCGACCUGCUACUCCAGAGCAGUCAGCCUGAGCAAAGAAGUCAUGGCUCUGCUGGAGAAAAUACACACGUACCCUCGCACGAAAACGUGCGCUGAGGUCCUACCGGUGAUCUUCAUUGAUGUGCAUAACUCCUGCAUCACAACCAAACUGCGUGACUUUCUCUACGUGGUGCUGAACCAUCCUAGCCCGUCCUGCAGAGAGCGUCCCAGAAUGGUGCUGCUGAAACGUAAAAUCCAGAACUUGUACUCCAUCAUCACCAGAAUUUGUUAUCGAGACCUGGUGUUUUUCGUAGAUGACUGUGAUGCUAUUGAUACUGGACACAGUAGCCCUUACUUUGCAGAGGACAGGCUUCAGCUACUGCAAGAGGAGAGAUGAGCAACACACAGAGCAGAUGACUGUUGGUGUCUUACAUUCAUAAAAACACAUCAGCAAUAUGUAGAAUGGUAAAGCAUGCUGUAUACACACCACAGCUUGCACUGCAUUAGAUGCAUCGUAAGCAACACACACACAGUGCUGUUUCAUGUCGUACCUAGUUGGCUCUGUGUUAGCCGCAGACUCAUGUUAGUGGACAUUUGUGGCUAUAUUCCAGCCAGGAGUGUAGAACUUUCCACAGGAAAUUUGCUGAAUGCCAACCAUGCCGAAGAAAACCUUGAAAUAAUAAACCAAUAAGAGUUGCUUGUGAACCGGGCUUAACCGCUGCUUACUUACUAGGGCUGAUCAAAGCUUCAUGUGUCAUUAAGAGAAAUAUGUUGUGUUGCCAUAACCCUUGGUCUGACUGACAUGUCUUAAAGGAGCACUGUACAGCAUUUUGUAAAACAUGGUAGUUGAAAAUGUUAUGUAAGGAAAACUUCCUCGCACUCGGUUGUACAGUGUGUCCCUUCAGAAUUUUCUCACAUAGAACUUUUUUUAAAACUUUAUUUUAUACUAAAGAUGUUAGGACAGUGCUGCUGCUUGUACUGAAUAUGAAAAUAAUAGAGCCAUCACUGUCAUAGACAUAUUAGAAACAUGCCUGUUUGUAUGUAUACUUAAUGACAAUCUAUAUAUGUCUCACACUAUGUAAUAAAACUUUAUGUAUCAA